AUGGAGCACCCCGAUAUCAUAACGGCCCACGAGACUCCGGGCGGGCCUCCCCCAGGCUUGAGCAUGCUCGGAGGACUGCGGUGGUCUCGCAAGCACCCGCCCAAAGACUACCAGGUGUCAUUCGCAGGGAGGACGGUGCUCGUCACGGGCGCAAACACGGGCCUCGGCUUCGAGGCAGCAGUCAAGUAUGCGGCCCUCGGCGCCGAAAGGCUCAUCCUCGCCGUGCGCUCUUCCGCCAAGGGCGAGGAGGCAAAGAGGCGGAUCCUCGAGCGCACCGGAAGCAGCAGCGGCAACGUGGACAUUACCAUCCUGACCGUCGAUCUCUCUGAGUAUGCGUCGGUCCAGGAUUUUGUGCGCAACCUGGGCCAGGAGACACGGUACCUCGACGUUGCGCUCCUCAAUGCUGGCCUCGGCAACCCGAAGUUCGAGCAGUCCCCCGCCGGCUGGGAGAUGGCGGUGCAGGUCAACGUGCUCUCCACGGCGCUCAUGGCCGUCCUGCUGCUGCCGCUGCUUCGAUCCACCGCGGCAGCGCGCGGCAAGGCGGUGCACAUGACCUUCGUCAACAGCCAUGGUCAUAACAUGGUGCAGAGGGACUGGUUUGCCUCUGCGGAUGGCAGCCUGCUCAAGGCGGCCAACGACAGGGAGAAGUGGGAUGCGACCAGGAGCUACAGCAUGGUCAAGCUCAUGGGCGUGGCGGUCAUGCAAGCGGUUGCAAGAGGAGCGGCAGGCUCCUCAGCAUCCUCCACGAAUCCCCAGCAGCCUGGAAUCAUCGUCAAUGCGGUGUGCCCGAGCCUCUGCAAAACAGACCUGGGCCGUAACUUUGGGACAAUGUCGCAUAUUUCGGGUUUCUUCUUCCAGGCCGCUUUCGCGCGUACCGCCGAAGAGGGUUCACGAUCGCUGGUCAGCGCGACGGCCCUGGGUCCAGAGAGCCACGGGCGGUUCUGGCAUCACGACAUCUUGUUCCCGGUUGGAGAUCUCGCAAAGGAUGAGGCUUUGAUGAAGCAGACCUGGACUGAGGUUUUGGAAGCUGUUUCUCGGGCACAGCCUGGUCUCCAGCAGAUUCUCGACGGAGGGCCAUGA